AUGCCUCAAGCUUCGAGAGAGUCGGGCCAAUCGGCCAUUAUCGAUGACAUCGAUGCUAUCACACCAUGUCCCCUUACGCGUAGCGGUCCUAAAGCAAUUAAUGAAUCCGGAAUCAUCAACUCGAUCAACAAGUUCCAAGAGUCAAGAUCUCCGUCACCUUGUUCUGAGUGUUCAUCGGACAGCACGCACGCAUCCAGGAGUAGAAGACGAGAAUCCCUCAAGGCCUUAGAAGAAGGCACAGAAGGCGACCCUGAAAGACUAUGGGAACGGAUGCUUGCGCUUCAGCAAAUUUACGGCUGCUAUAAUUCAGCUAGGAUGAGCGCAGCACUUAGCUCGGGGGACGUCAGCUUGCUAUUGCCUUCCAAGGCAUGUCUGAACCUUCUCAAUGAGAAUAUAUCUUUUCUGCCCGACGAAACAGGGGGAGCAUUUGGAGAGUGGAAGCCGAACGCCGGGAGCAGGCGCAGUCAUUAA